ACUAUAAGCGGAAAAACACAAUACAAGUUUGAUUAAACAAAAUAUUGUUUUAAAAUAUGAUUGCCAUUAAAAAUAUAGUAUAAUUAUAUUUUAAAUGUGAUAUAAAUGUUGUAUAAAUAAAUGUUAAUUUAUUUUUAACAGAAUUGGAGCACUAUGUUAUCAUUUGUAUUAUUAUUAUUGUUGCUGUUGCAUAAGUGUUUUUAUUAUGUGAAUUGUGUCGUUAUUCAAAAAUAAGUAACAAUACGUUCAUAAAUAUUAUUAUUGACACAUUAAUACAUAUUUUUGUUAACCAUCAGAUUGCACAUUACAAGGCAUUAGGUCGGUUUCUAAUUCAUAUCUUUCUGUUCCACUGAUGUUUUUAAGGGGAACACUGUUUGAUUCACAAACAAAUGAUGUAAACAUGAUGUGUCCUAGUUUUUCAUGAACAAACGUCAUAUGAAGGCUAUAAUCCGACUGCCCUAAUCUCGUUGCAGAAACGAGGAAAGGCAAAAUGAACAUUGAGUGACAGGCUACAAUCCUAUAAAACUGCAACUCCUCAACUACACAACCAAUGAGAGUGAGACAUUUGAAAGCCUGGGGGCGGAACGGAGCUUUCUAAUUGGCUGUGGUCUGAAGAGGCAGAAUGUGCUGUCUUGUAUCCUCCUCCUUCAUCCUUCGGUGUGGGAUCCGAAUGCAAUAAUCUGAAUUUCUCGUUAAAACACUUGAUUCUGAAAAUCGAUUUUAUGUUAAAAAAAAAAACAUUUAUACAGGUGCGAAAGAAAGUGAUUGUGCGAUGUCAGGCAGAAAAAGCAGACAUUUCUGGGGCGAGGAGGAGACAGAUUUUCUCCUGCAGACAUUAAAGGAGAUGAAUAUAGAUCGAUAUAAAGACGGACGAAAGCGUCGCAACAGUCUCAUCUUCAGAAAGGUUUGCGCUAAACAUAAAUCAAUGGGCUUCUUGCGCUCAUGUGAUCAGGUGAAACACCGCUGGAAAACGCUCAAAUCCAUUUACUACAAGGCAAAAAGACAAAACAUUUCCAGUUCCGAUGGAGCAUUUAAGCAUUUCGAUACAAUGGAAGAGAUUUUCGGACAUAGACCUUCGGUUACGUCAAAUCACACUGUAACGUUACAUGAUGUCCACCGUAAAGACGAAUCUCCCGUCGAGUGCUCGACUUUUGACGAAGAUGAAUGUGAUGAGUAUGGUUUGGAUGAUGAGGAAAGCGGAAUUGAAGAAAUCCAGCCAAUUAAAACAGAGAAUGAGCCACUUGUUCUCACACAACCAUUACAUGAGAGCUCAGCUCCGGCAGAGAGCGCCACAUCCACCCAGCCGUCCAUUUCUUUAGAGAUCAUCAACUGUACCCCGUCAUCCACUUCCCAGCAGCCCUCUGUUCAAGACAUGUUCAAAGAAAAAAGCCCGUGUUGCACUGCACUGCAUACACAGUAUCAACACUUUUUUGAAAGAAUGCAGCAGACACAAAACAUGUGGCUGGAGAGUCACCUGGAACAGAGUCAUGCCCGAGAGGAACGACUCAUUUCUCGAGUGCUCACCGAACACACUCGCUCUAUGGAGACCUUAAUAAACCAACUUUUUGCAGGAUUAAGAAGCCUUCUACCCCAUCACCAGCUGCAGUCAAAUCCCCAGCCGAUUCAUACAGAUAUCCUCAAUCCACACCCUGAUCAUAUUAUCAACCCCCCAGAGCACUUGCAGACAUCAAGUGUUCCUUCUCAACCUGAGGAUGACACCUUCGGUUCAGGGCAAGAUAAACCAGUGAAUCAAAAAACGUGAUUUAAAUAUUAAUGUUGAUGCAUUGUUAGGUUUUAUUUUGAGUUUGUAAAAGAUUAAAAAGAGCAUUAAAUGUAAAAGAAAAAUGAAAUGCAAAAUACAGUGUGAGUGAUUAAAAGCACAUCAAACCUU